AUGAAGGGGCACAGAGUUUGUCUGGCGCUGUUGAUCAGCAUUCAAGCUGUCUUGGGCUUCGAUGGCCAUCGCGAGGGUCUAGCGAACAGCCAUAUUUUCAAUGCAAUUUACUCUGCGCUGAGGAAAUGGGAUUCUUCCGUCAACGCCGGUGGCAAUGGCAUGUCUGCAUUUCUGGCGAACAUCCCCAAAGGCACGCUGCUGUAUCAUGGCAAUCCUGGACCAGAAAUCGUCAACGGCACCGAGUUUCUGGCCCUCGAUCCCGAGUUCUCACUUGUAUUCGCUCGGAAACGCCGUGGCCCUGCUCCCGCCGGCAUGACCGACCAAGACGACGGAGGCGACGGUCUAGCUGGCUGGCUCCACACGUACAACACGAUCAAAGACCUCAACUUGCUCUACAUUGAUGGACACUCCGCUUCCAAGGGCCAGGAUGGUACCCUUGACUUUGGCGACCGCAUCGUUCUGAACGACACGACCUCUGGUGGCGUCGAGGCCGAGUAUCAGCGUGCGCAGACAUUCUGCAAGUUUGCGAGUGACCAGUGGCGGGGACGGGUCGACGGGCUGAUGCGGCUAGGUGGCGACUUUGAGGUUAUCCUGUGCAGCUUCGAGGAGGGGCUCGAGUUUGUGAGGAGAGUGCGAACGAAUGCCACUGUUGGUGGUCACAGACGAGGCCAAGGCCCGCCGGGCUCAGGAAUCUCUAGGUCUGGCGGCAUCGGAGUUCGCAGUGCAACGGCAAACUUCGAUUAUUUUGUCUCUGCGUAUGCAUAUGGACUGGACUUGGCCUCGUCAGGAACACACCAUGUCCCCCGCCUGAUCCACAUCGCCAGCCAGAAACUCGACCCAGUCCGCUACGACAUCGAGAGACUCAUCCUCGGCCAGAAGCCCAGUGCUGCUACGCACGACUGGCAGAGAGUUGUCGACCAAACCGUGGCCAGGUACGCCGACAAGGUCGCCUUUUUGGCCAGAUCGGGCGACAAGCCUGUCGAAGCGUCUCGUGAGGUCGCUCAGCGUCUGCUAACACCCUUUGUCGACUGGGAGAAGCGCGACGAUGAGGCUGAAGUCGAGCGUUGCGCGAAAGAGUAUCUUCCGACUACCGCGACGGGUGACAGCCCGGCGUAUGACGCUGUGUAUGGGGUGACCCGGCGCAUCUGCUCGACGCUCGCCGAAGCAGUCAAAAGAAAGGACCAGACAGCCGAGAUGUUUGCUGACCAUUUCCAGCGCCUUGUCAGGUAUCUCAACUGGCCUGUCUGGAGGCAACCCGAGUAG